GCGGGGCCUGACGAGCGCUGACAUUUUACCACUGAUCUCCACAACACGCGCACCUCUCAGCACGUACGCGCGUCCAUCGAGUUGACUACAGAUUCGUGUACAUUAUGUACUGACUCGUACUUACCAAACUGCCCCCCCCACACACGCACUUUACUGGAUUCAGCUCCGACUACACACACAAAAACAACAUGUCCGCAACGGAUAAACGGCAGCGCGACGCAGCGGCGUAACGUUUAGCUCCUCAAACGAGCCGUUUCACCUGAAAUGGGUGAAGACGCCUCUACUACUCGACGACACGCCGGGCAGCUGAAGUAGAGAGGAGUGGGCCUGUGGAGGUGAGGCGCUCCCCGGCUGUCUGGUGACAUGCACAUCGUAGAUAAGCUAUCGCAACGUUUCAACAACCCCCAUUAUAACAACGACGCCUCCACUUCCCCCAGCUCACAUCCACCGAGGUCUGACUUCACCACACUGUCAUCAUCUCGCAUUUCAGGAAGGAACAGUUACAUUUUUUUUCUCUUUAACUUCCUAAUUAUUGUAUUAUUAUUUUUUUUUAAACCAAAUUUUACAACAGGAUGUUGACAUUCCUGAUCGUGUGCAACACCGGCACUCCUUGAGUUGUUUUGCGUAACGAGAAGACAACGACAGUUUAGUUGAAGAACGCAGCGGUCUCACCCUGGAGGUUUAUCUUUGACCCGACAGGUGGGCAGGAUGGAGGAGCGGGCCGGCGGCGGCUCCGUGGCUGCGAUCUCUCCUGUGCAGCAGAUGCUGGCUUCUGGCACUGGAGCCCUCCUCACAUCUAUCUUUGUCACACCGCUGGACGUUGUGAAGAUCCGGCUGCAGGCCCAGCAAACCCCGUUCCACCAAGCCUGUGAAUCUGCUCCGCGGGGCGGCGUCCUGCGCCCGUCCAAGUGGAAAUGUUUCCUGUAUUGUAACGGACUGAUGGAUCACAUCUACGUGUGUCAGAAUAGAACCAGUUGCACCAGCUGGUACAAAACACCCACACAUUUCAGUGGGACACUUGACGCUUUUGUGAAAAUCACUCGGCACGAAGGACUCCGGUCUCUGUGGAGUGGACUGCCUCCAACGCUUGUCAUGGCCGUCCCUGCCACUGUCAUCUACUUCACCUGCUACGACCAGCUGCGGGACUUCCUGAGAUUCGGUCUGGGUUUCCAGGGCAGCCUCGUCCCUCUUGUUGCUGGUGGUCUGGCCCGAUUGGGGGCCGUGACGGUGAUCAGCCCUCUGGAGCUGGUCCGGACCAAGAUGCAGGCCCGCCGGCUGUCCUACGGCGAGCUGCGGGUGUGCAUCCGCUCCGCGGUGGCUCAGGACGGGCUGCUGUCGCUGUGGAGGGGCCUGGGGCCCACCGUGCUCCGAGACGUGCCCUUCUCUGCGUUGUACUGGUUUAACUACGAGCUGGUGAAGGCCCGGCUGUGUGAACGGUCCCGGAUGACUCAGGCCAACUUCUCCAUCAGCUUCACGGCCGGAGCCGUUUCUGGAGCUGUUGCCGCCAUCCUGACGCUGCCUUUUGACGUGGUGAAGACGCGGAGGCAGAUCCAGCUGGGAGAGAUGGAUACUCUGGGAGCUUCCUUAAAGAAAACGACGUCCACGUGGCACAUCAUGAAGGACAUAUGGGCUGAGAUGGGCUACAGAGGCCUUUUCGCAGGUUUCAUGCCCCGGGUGAUCAAAGUGGCCCCGGCGUGCGCCGUCAUGAUCAGUACCUACGAGUUUGGAAAAGCCUUCUUCCAACAGAUGAACCUCGAUCGCGAGCGGCUGGGAUCCUGAGAUCGGGACGAGGAUGAGGAUGAGGACGGCGGCGAGGAUGAGGACGGCGAUGAGGACGAGGAUGAGGACGGCGAUGAGGACGAGGAUGAGGACGGCAGAAGUCUGGAUUUGUUUGUUUUUGGCAUGAACACAACGGAUGAAGAUUGAGACGCUGACGGCUCCUCUCCAGGACCACAGACCUUACUGUUUGAUUUAUUUGUGUGAACUUUUAAACGGGUAUCUUUUUAAAACAAGAUAAUGGUGAGGGGGUUGUUUCAGGGCUUCAGCGAGGAGACGAACUCCACGAAUCGCGGCCCGCGGUGGCGUAACAAUCGACGGGCGACAUUCAAACCCUCUUCAGGGCUUAAAAGUGCACAUCGGCACAGCUGCACGAGUCUCUAACGUUGUCGUUCCCACAUUUCAGAUCCAGAUGAACCGGUCAGCCCCGCGUUAGCUUUACUGCAUUCCUGUUAGCGGCGGGACGUGUUUUGACAUCCGAGGCGGACGGAUGUGUUUGCAUGUACUGGAUAGAUUUGAGUGUUUUGUAGCACAGAGAGAUGAAAUGUGAAAGACGAGGACAAAAAAAAAGCCUGAAGUUAUGUUUCCAUCGGUACGCUAAUUUAGCAGUUUACCCUUUGAAUAUAUUUUAGAAAUCAAAUGAGAUUUGAGCACAUUUUUCUGUAGAAACUGCUGUUGUCGGCUUUCCCCUGAAAAACACAUUUUCUUGACAUUUUGCAAAAGGUUUGAUGGGAUGACGUAAACGCGAGAGGCUGAUGAAAUGCUUCAGAAAUCUAAACUUGUUACAACACUGAAUUAUAAAACAACAUAUUAAUGCCUUAACCUGAAAGGUGUAAAAGUCUUGUCUUCUGUUUGUCUGUUUUUUAUGAAUGAAAUGAUAAUAAAUGUGAAGACAUCUUUA